GUCAAUAGGUAGCAAAGCGCAACCCGCAAUCGGGCGCGCGACCUGACUGACGUGCGACCGCAAAACCUCAAUCGCAUCGCAUCGCCAGCCUCGCCCAACUUAAUUCUCCGUGAUCCCCUACACCGCCGCCACCAACACCACAGUCCACACCAAUCCGCGCAGCAAGCACAGCUGCCAAUCCCUAAAAAUGACUACCAACGUCUCCCUCGAGACCUCAAUGGGCACAAUAAUCCUAGAACUCUACACCGCCCACGCCCCCAAAACCUGCACAAACUUUGCAACCCUCGCAAAGAGAGGCUACUACAACAGCACCGUAAUCCACCGCAUCAUACCAAACUUCAUGAUCCAGGCCGGCGACCCGACGGGCACAGGCCGUGGCGGCACCUCAAUCUACGGCGAGAAAUUCGCAGACGAGAUCCACGCAGGGCUAAAACACACCGGUGCGGGCGUGCUCUCCAUGGCCAACGCGGGGCCCGACACGAACGGCUCCCAGUUCUUUAUUACCCUCGCCCCAACGCCGUGGCUCGAUGGGAAACAUACCAUCUUUGGACGGGUCAAGAGUGGGUUGAGCGUCGUCAAGAGGAUGGGGCUCGUCAAGACGGGGCCUGAGGAUCGGCCGCUUGAGGAGGUCAAAAUUAUCAAGGCUUCUGUCGUUGAAGAAAGCGGCGACGAAUUGUGAAUGAGGUAGUGGUAAAGGUCUGCCUUACAUAGAGGGUUGUAUCAUCAGCAUCUACACGGAGUUUGGCGUUUGGUCGAGCAGACUGUACACUGGGGAAAAUUUAUAUCCAGUUCAUGUAGUCUACAUCUUUCACGUGGUCAUAAAUCAAACAGAGUAUGACAGAUCACAAACUUCAAACU